AUGCUUGGUCUCGUUUCAAACAACUUAGAUAGAGUGUGCGCAAGACACCAGCGAUACAUAGCCGUUUUAUCUGGGCUUAAGGUUAGUCACUUAACUCAACCUGAGGUUGUUGAGAGAAUGAAAGUUUUGCAUCAAGCAAACCUCGCCGGCGAAGAGUCUGUACUUGAGCUUACACAGAGUAAAACGCGUAAUUGGUUCACGUCUUUACAUCGUCCUUACAAGACCGCAGAUGAUUUAGGGCAUUACAAAUUUUCGCAGAAAGCAAGGUGGCCUACCAAGAGCAUUGAGCAACGCCUAUUCGACGUUGAUUUCAAAACAAAAGCGAUCUCGUUGUUGGUAUCUCCAGAGGUCACAGGGGAAGAUUGGGAUUCUGAAUCUGCGCUUAAAUGCUGGGAUGAUCAAGGAUCUGUCAACAUGCCGCUGUUGAAAUGGUGGUGGACAAUGCGCGAUGGUGGAAUUGCUCGGAUUGUAGAUGAAGAGCUCGAUAUGUACAAGCACCACACUCGACAGCGACUAUUUGGGAAUGAAAACAAAGGGUGGCUGGUAACGGCUUAUUAUUCUAUAGUGCAACAACUAGCAUCACAAGAUCCAGUGCAUUACGCAAUGUAUGCGGCUUUGAGACCCGAUCACUGCACAAGCUUGAUAUCUUACCCAUACUAUGCAAAAUAUUCCGAGUUCGACAAGGAGCACCCGUACACAGGGGGUUUUGAGCAUGUUGAUCACAACAUCGAGAGGCUUAUUCACGGGAAUCUCAAUGUAAUUUCUCAGAUCCAAGGCUCAAUUAGCCUUGAUGAUGAAACACCCGACAACUGUACCAAGAUUGCUCCAGGGUUCCAUAAGGAAGGAGUGCUAGAAAACUGGUGGAAGAGGAUGCCCGAUAAAUAUAAAAAGAACGAACAUGUCACACGUGUCAAAUCAUUAGCAUCAUCCCCUCUCAGUUGGGAGGUUGUACCAUGCCGACAAGGUGAUGCGAGGAUUACAAUGCCGCAACUUCCACAUGGAGCACAACCGAGAUUUUCUGGUAUGAGCAGACGCCGAUGCGUGUUGCCAUGGCUUACGAGGGUUGAUAAUGAUCACAGUACGCUACCCAACACUCCCGAGGGUGCUGGAACAGCUCAAGACAUUGCUCUUGCUCGCAUUGCGUGUGUACAUCCUAAAGCAACACCAUCAGGCAAGUCGAUCAAUAACUCGAAGGUCCCAUAUAGAUUUCCGGCAUGUGUUCGGCUUGAAUCAUUAGGCGCCUUGUCUGAUGCUCUAAUUGGCCUUCGAAAUUGGGAUGCUCCCGAGGUUAUUCUUGAGCAGGAAGUGUUAUUCGGAGAAGACAAAAUGGCAGCAUUAAGGUACAUUCUAGCUUGGAGGAAGAGAGCUUAUGCUGCUGCGCACACAGCUUUUGAAAUAAUCAAACAAGCUGAGCAAGACACCUUUAAGUCCAAGUCUUUUUGGAAUAAAGAUGCUGCAGAUUACCCGUUUGAGUCAGAGGGUUGGAGCGAUAAGUUAUCGGAUUCUAACGCAGAUACUGAAAUUGAAGCGCAUUACAAUGGUGGUCACGACUUUGGAUUAGGAAGCUAUGAUGUAGAUGAGAAUGAUGAAAGCGAAAAAACCUUAUGA